AUGGAGCCCAUGGACGAAGACACGCCGAGCUCUGGCCAGCAGCACUCUGGCUCGACCUCGACUCCGACCACAUCCAAACAUCCGCCCCCCUCCCCGACCCCCGGAGCCACUCCGAACUCGUCCACCCAGACCGCAUCAGGCCAGUCGCAGUCGGCGCAGCUUUCGAAGCGCAGGCGCGGCUUGGGCGUCGUCACCCCCAAUGCCUGUACCGAGUGUCGCAAGAAACGCGCAAAGUGCGACGGCAACAAACCAUGCGGCAGAUGCAAAGCCCAGAAAGAUGUCGAGUGCGUCUACGAGGUGCCCGUGCGCCAGUCGAAGGAGAACCUCCGCGCCGAGAUCGACCAGCUGCGGCGGAAACAGCGGUCCAGCGAGAGCGUCCUCGCCGCCCUCGUCCGCCCGGAUCAGUGGGAGGAGGUGCUGCAGCGCUUGCGCAACGGCCAGAGCAUCGAGGCCAUAUCCGAGUGGCUGGGCGGCACUCUGCCCUCCGGGGGAGGCGCCAUGCCCAACUUCCCCCAGCGACCCGCCGCCGUGCCGAACCAUCUCGCGCCGCUCACGACAUAUGGACCCACGACUGGCGCCGGCUACACGACUGCGGCGCACAGAAUCGCGACGAAUAGCCCCCUGAGCGCGCAUCCGCAGGGAUUUCGGCCGGAGAAUGUCGAGCCGAACAGCCCCUGGAGCGGGCACUUCUCGGGCCACGACCCGGCGCUCUCGACCCGGAGCAACUCGCACGCCGACGGCAUGAGCUGGACGGCGGAGAACCGAGGACCCCCGCAGUCGCGCGUCGGUUCGUGGGUCGAGACCAUCAUCAACCCCGUCAUCCCAGAACACAAGUUCCGCGGGAUGGACCAGGUCCUGACGCCCGAGGUGCCCGAGAUGAAGAUCCCGGCUUCCACCUGGACCAACAUCACCACCGACAACGAUCUGGUGCAGCAUCUCCUCGCUCUCUAUUUCUGCUGGGAGUACCCCACGUUUGCGUCGUUGAGCAAGGAGCAUUUCCUCCGGGACUUCACCCACGGCCGCCAGCGGUACUGCUCUCCUAUCCUCACCAACGCCCUGCUCGCUCUGGGCUGCCGCUUCUCCAGCCACCCGGACACGCGCAUGAACCCCGAGGAUCCCUACACCUCGGGCGACCACUUCUUCAAGGAGUCCCAGCGGCUCUUCCACCUCGAAGACAACCACCACAACCUGACGACGAUCCAGGCCCUCGGCAUCAUGUCCAUAAGAGAGGCAAGCUGCGGUAGGGACUCCGAGAGUUGGUACUACGCCGGCCAGAGUGUCAGGCUCGCCAUCGAGAUGGGCCUGCACAGGAUAUCCGACGAGGAGGGCGCCGACGAGGACCACAUCGCAGUCCAGGCUGCCACGUUUUGGGGCGCCUUUGCCCUGGACCAUGCGUGGUCGUUGGCGACGGGGUCUCUGCCCCAGUGCUCCGCCUUCCCACAUUUACCACCCAAACCCGCCAUAAUUGACGACGUGGAGGCGUCCUUGUGGAUUCCUUAUACUGAUGAUGGCGCGCCUCUACAGAGGGCAUGCGAGCAGCCAUCGAAUGUUCGGUCCGUUUACAAGUGUUUUUGUGAGCUGAGCGAGCUCGUGCAUCAGUCCCUGUACAUCCUGCACUCCCCUGGCAGGCCGCUCACGAGUCGCGAACUACUCAACAUAUACACGCAGUACCUCAACUGGUAUGACAAGAUCCCCGAGGUCUUGAGGCUAGGACACAACUUUACACCUGCCGUCCUGUUUGCCCAUAUGUACUACCACUUUGCCAUCUUACUCCUCUUUCGACCGCUCAUCAAACUGCGCAUCGUGGGCUCGAGCAUCCUGCCCAAAGACGUGUGCGCCCAGGCUGCCGAUGCCAUCCAGGGCCUGCUGCGAUCCUACUCCCAACUCUACACCCUCCGGAGAACACCCUCCUUUGUGCCCUAUUUCGUCCUCACCUCCUCCAUCAUGCACCUGGCCAUCGCCGCGUCCUUCACCGAGAAAGGGCACGCGGUCACCGGCGGUGGCGGCACCCCGGAGGGCCAGCACGAGAAGCUGCGCAUGGAGCCGCGCGUGGCCGAGUCGAUCCGCCGUGGCAUCGAGGACCUGACCGAGAUGGCGCCCUGCCACCACUUUGCCGAGCAGGCGCUCAACAUCCUCAAGUACCUGGCCCGCAAGUGGGAACUGGACAUGGAGCUGCACCAGGCGAGCCCCGUGGCCAAGGAGGCGACGUCGUCGCUGGCCGCGACCCUGGCGUCGUCGACGGACCCCGAGGCGGCGCUGCGGCCGCUGACCGACAGCCUCAACUUCUUUGCGCCUAAUGUCCUCGAGGGAGACUAUAACUGCUCGUGGGGGAGGUCCGCAUCGACGGCGCCGACGGUGUUUGGCGGCGGUGGUGGGAGCGAGGCGGGUAUGGGCGGGGGAGGAGGUGGUACUGGUGCCGGUCCCGGUGCCGGUGGUGGUAGUGAGGAGUCGUGGCCGCCUCCGCCGCCGCCUCCGCCACCGGGAGCGAACGAGAACGUCAAUCCCAGUCUUGCAUCCUCACUUCAUAUCACUUCCAUGGAUUUACUAUACCCGCCGCUGCCCCAAUCGCAGCAAUCGAGCUGCAGCCUCAUGCCCGGCUACGCACCUCCGCCACGCACAAAUGUCCCAAGAGCGGAAGGCGAGAAGCUCAACAAUUACUUGAGUGAAAUAGUUGAUCUUUACAUUGUCCAGAAUGUUUCGCUCGACGACUUGAUCAAACACAUCAAUUCGAAAUACAAGCUGAAGGCAACAAGCAAACCGCAGUACAGAAGGUUGCUGCGGAAGAACGGCAUAAGGAAACAUGUACUAAAGUCUGAUAUCCUGGCCUUUGACGAUGCAGGCCGGGCCAUCCAUGCCAGACGGGCUACCAACAAAGAAAGCAUUAUCAUGUACAACGGCAAAGACCUCAGCCCAAAUCAGGUUCAACGAAUUUCGCGGCGCGUAUCAACUCUGGACAAGAUUCGUCUCGCAAAUAGCCGGCCAAAGGAUGGGGAACGGCCCACUCUCAAACCGUUUACUGUCCUUGUGUGCACUCCUCCGAGGCAGUCCUUAUCUCCCUGUCCGCCAACAGGACCCUUCCAGGUCAUGGGCUUGUCGUCAACCUUAUUGAAGGAAUACAGCAAGCCCUGGCCGAAGGAGUUGAUUAUCUCUCUGCCGGCAAUGGAGACGCCUCAACUCUUGUCGCAAAUACUAACAUACUACUGCCGUGACUGUCAUCGACGCUAUCCCAAUUUGGCUGAGGAACUUCUUUUGUCAAUGCCGCACCUGGCCGUUGAAGAUCACAGAACAAACCGGGAUGCCCUCCUCGGAACGCGGAAUAAUCGUGAGACAGCGGUUUCACUUCUCACAAUUAUGGCAUUCGCUAUCGCAAAUAACGUCGACGAAGGAUAUCCGAAACGCACUGUCCUAUGUGAAUUGUUUCAACAAGCAAGGUUGGAGAAGCGUUGGCUCGAGGGGCUGUUCUGCUCAUCUGACCCAGUUGCGGGUGCCAUGUGUGAUGCGCUCUUUUCGAGUGCCGUGAAUGAGGGGGAUGUACCUAUGUUGGAGGCUCUACUUUGUGCUGGCGCUGACCCAAACCAGCCUGUGCGGGAAAGAGUGUGUUUGAGUGUGUCAUCAGCCUUGGUCCUUUCCCUCGAGGGGAAAUGCCUUCCGAUGGCUAGACUUCUCCUCCACCACAAAGCGGUGUGGGUUCCGACUUGGGCCCAUGGCCAGAUGCGCGAACCGCUUCAUCAUCUCCUCCGGAGCGACUCUGCACCUUGGAUAGUAGGGGACGAAGCGUGGUCUUUCAUCAUCAAUAGCUACGAUAACUACCUGCAAGAUAUUCAACAUGUCGUUUUCAAGUGGCACAUGCCAGAUGAGUAUGGCCUGGAUGUGUUGCGCAGAGUUCUACCAUACAUGCACGAACAGUUUAUUCCGAAAUACGAUCAGCCCUUCGUUUAUCUGGCUGCAUUCUUGAUAGAAGACACGAUACUCCUGGAUAGCCUCGACCCAGAUGUCACUAUCGUCUCUGUUGAACAAACACGUAGGAUCAAUCCCAUCGCCGAAGCUAUAGAGAUAUUGGACCCAGAAGCAGCAGUUCGUGUCGUCAGAAGAAUGCUUGAGAUGGGAGCCGACCCGAAUAAUACCGUUCAUUGGAAGUCCCCAGUGGAAGAAGCUGUGAGAUCUGGGUCUUUGGAUCUUGUAAACCUGCUUCUCGAUCAUAAUGUUCCCAUCGAUUCUGCACUUUCAUGUGCAAUUGGGCAAUACAAUGAAGAAGACGAGGACCAGUUGGUUGAGACCCUUCUGCACAAAGGAGCGAAGCCCAAAUUGGAUGAUCUUACAGUGGCUUGUCAUUACCCGGCAAUUCUUCCUCAGCUUCUCAAGUGUGGGGUGCCAUACAACAGUCACCCCGCACAUGGGACUGGCCUGCCUACGCCUCUUUUAGAGAGCAUACGACAAUCGUCCCGUUCAUCUGGCUCGACUAGGGCUCCCUAUCAUAUUCUCCAGGCCUAUCCUACAUUGUACGACUGUCAGGCACUUGGGGUGGCCAUCUUUUACGCGGUCACAGACGAUCCCGAAGAAGAAGGUAUUGACAAGGCAUACUACGCCGAUUUAGCAGACAAAAUUCUGGAACGCCGCCAGGUCUCUCGCUACGAGGCCUUUGGAGACCCAUGUGUCAACGAGGGCACUGCUCUGGUAUUCGCAAUCUGUGCAAAGUCGCAAAAGUGGGUGGAACGUCUUUCUUCCGCCGGCAUCCUUCUAAACAGCCAGCUUAAGACCCAGGAGUUGCCUGAAGAACGCUUCGACCCGGGGAAAGAAGCGACUGAGCGCACUUGUCUCGGACGCAUAUCCACGAAUCCGCUUGAAUGGGCAAUCCGAUGGGGUUCGAUUGAAGCAGUCGAUUGUAUGCUACAACACGGAAUAAAGCCCAACGCGGCUUGCAUGCUUGAAGCAGUCCAAUGUGGGGAUGUGGAGAUGCUUGAUCUCCUCGUUGCCCAUGGCGAGGAUAUUUCCGAUCAAUACGACUCGCCCUUGCUUCAGACCGCAUCUCGUCACAACAACAGUGGAAUUGUCGAAAGACUGCUCGAUCUAGGAUUCAGUGCAAACGACAAAGUCAGUGCCAUCGCUGACGAAUACGGCUAUACUUUCAGUCGAACGGCCCUUCAAGCAGCUGUCGAAAAUGGAAAUGUACGGGUCAUGGAGAUGUUGAUUGAGCGUGGUGCCGAUGUCAACGCUCCUGCUGGCAUGGGCCGUGGUGCUACCGCCCUUCAGCUAGCCGCGAUGAAGGGAUACAACGCGAUUGCAAGAAGAUUGAUUGAACUAGGAGCUGACUGCAAUGCGCCAGCUCCUUCGUGGAGUGGCAGAACAGCAUUAGAAGGUGCUGCACAAUUCGGAAGGCUCACUAUGACACAACUCUUACUUCAGUCUGGUACGUCAACAGAGGGCCCAUAUCGUUUUCAAUACAUUCGAGCUGUCAGACUUGCGGAGAUCUGUGGUUAUAGGUCUCUGGAAGGGCUCUUGAGGGCCCAUCGUCCAUGGGUCGAUGAAGACCAUCAACUUUACCAGGACAUGGCCGAAUCCGAGGCUGAGGAAGAUUCUCCGAACUGGAGCUAUGAAACAGGUCAAGACUCUGAUGUCGAAUCUGAUGAUGACUCUGAAGUCGAAUCUGGUGGCCAGUCUGACGUCGACUCUGAGAAUGACAAGUCCUCAGAAAGACCAGCGGAACAACUUCACGUCUUUGAGAUAGCAGAUCAGUCCACGGCUAUCCUCAAUCACUACGAUGUAUACGAUAAUGCGCAUGAUCCUAGGAUACAUAUGGAUCUUAGCCUGUUGAAUAGUCCGGGUUUGGGUGACGAUAUGGAAUGGGACAUGCCACCCGAAACCAGCCUCUUUGAUGGUCAAGGUGACUUGGCUGAGGCUAGGCCGCCCUUAAUAGUAUCCAGCUCACUGCCCGACGACCGAGUGCAAGGGCUAGAAUACAGUUGGGGAGCCGCCAGGGAAACUUGCAUCUCGCAGAUUCAAUCUCAGGAUAGUUUUCAGGUUGCAGGUCCGAUGUCGGUGGAAGGUUCCCCAACAUGUAAUUAUCGGCAGGGCCGUUCUCGAUCCCCGACACCUCUUUCUAUCACAGCACAAUCCGAUCUCCCCGACCUAAGCUUCAUGCUUUGUCCGGGCUGUGGCCAGACAUUGGAGGUGUGUGGCUGCUUUCCUGACUUCUCUAAUGUCCAGGUUAGCUCUUCGCACCCGGAGUCCUUAUCACUUAGAGAGGAGGAGGAUCUGUCUGAUCUAGCUCUGCUGCUUUGCGCCGAGUGUGGACGGAUUCUGAAUGAGUGCGAUUGCUUCCCAAGCUUUUUAUAG